GUUGCACGAAGACUCUGGAAUGCCUGAAUCAGAAAACACACGUUGCGUUUUAUGCGUUUUAUUCUAACAAUUUUAAAGCUCUACCCACUGGGACGACUUUAAUAUUUGACUCAGUGGAGACAAACCUUAACAGUGGAUACAAUAAAAUAACUGGAAUAUUCACUGCUCCGACUUCUGGCGUCUAUGCCUUCACUUGGACAUUGCACGCAGCGUCAUUACACGUCGCUGGUUCAUCUGGGAGCAACUAUGGUGAAAUGAAUGCGUCGAUAAAACUAAAUGGAGUCACAAAAGGUGCGAUUGUUGCCGAUACUGAAACACAGUACGAUAAUGCUGCUGGCACAGGAUUUGUUAUUUUGAAUCUCAAAGCUGGAGAUGAAAUAAAAAUUGUGUCUGGGUAUACAGGCCAAGGAGCUAUGUACAGCACAAAUCAAAAUGGGCGAACAUCAUUUUCAGGAUUUCAGAUUACAUAA